AAAGGUGUGUGCCACCACCACCCAGCAUGUGCCCUCUUUAUUUUUACCAGAUAAUAACUUCUCAUGUAUUCAUGAGCAUAUCUGGAGUCUACUAAUAUCGCUUUCAUUCCAGCACUUAGGAAGUAGAAGCAAGAUGCUCAAGGGUAAAGGUCAUCCUUGAUUACAUAGCUAGUUCAAGGCCAACAUGAGAAUUCAAAACAAAAUAAAACAAAACAAAGGGGCUAGAGAGCUGGCCCAAUACUUAAGGGUACUUACUGUUUUUCAGGCAGCUCACAACCACCUAUAAUUCCACCUCCAGGGAAUCUGACACCCUCUUCUGGCCUGCACAGACAUAUAGCACACACAGAGAGACACAUGAACCCUAAUAACUUUAAAUUUUUAAUAUUUUUAAGAACAAACAAUAUUUUAGGUACAGAGCUAUGGGUCAGUCUCACUGAGUGAGAGAGGCUUUGUUUUUACUCCUGGAUAAUUCUGUGGUGGUUUCUUAGGGACGACCUGGCCCAGCUGCCCUUCCUGACCAUGUGCAUCAAGGAGAGCCUGCGGCUGCACCCCCCAGUCUUAUUAAUCUCCCGCUGCUGUUCCCAGGACGUUAUGCUGCCAGAUGGCCGUGUCAUCCCCAAAGGGAACAUCUGUGUCAUCAGCAUUUUCGGGGUUCACCACAACCCUUCAGUCUGGCCAGACCCUGAGGUCUACAACCCCUUCAGAUUUGACCCAGAAAACCCACAGAAGAGGUCACCUUUGGCUUUUAUUCCCUUCUCAGCGGGGCCCAGGAACUGCAUAGGACAGACUUUCGCCAUGAGCGAGAUGAAGGUGGCACUGGCACUGACACUGCUGCGCUUCCGCGUCCUGCCAGAUGACAAGGAGCCGCGCCGGAAGCCGGAGCUGAUCCUGCGCGCGGAGGGCGGGCUGUGGCUGCGGGUGGAGCCGCUGAGCCGGGUCGCACAGUAAACCCACCGCCGCCUUGGGACCUCCUCACCCAUGCUCCUACCUCUUCAGAUCUCUGAAUAAACAGAACUGUCUCCUG